AUGCUCCUCCUCGACUACCAGAAUGUCCUCAUUCAAUCCCUUCUGACUGAACGCUUCUCUGGCGCCCCUCCCACGUCUAUUGACCAGGUGGUCUCCGACUUCGACGGCGUCGCGUUCCACAUCUCCACCCCGACGAGCAAAACCCAGAUUCUCAUUUCCCUGUCCAUCAAAUGCUACCGCGAGCUGUUGCAAUAUGGCGCCGAGCAGGUCCUGCAGCGGGAGUAUGGGAACUAUAUCACCAACACAGAGGCCGGUUAUGACUUCAGUAUCUUGGUCGACCUGGAGAACUUGCCGCCCUCGGCGGAAGAGAAGGAAGAGCUGGUGAGGCGGAUCAGUCUGCUCAAGAGGAACGUCAUGGCGGCGCCAUUUGAAAAGGCGUUCGACGAGUUCGCGCAGUUGGCGGAAGAGGCGAGCAAAUACACCUCUGAGUCCGCCCCGCAGGGUGUCAAGGAAGGAGGGGACGUCAUGGCCAUCCACUACCGCGAGGAAGAAGCCAUCUACAUCAAGGCCAGCCACGAUCGGGUCACGGUCAUCUUCUCCACCAUGUUCACGGAUGCCGUGGAUAGGAUCUUUGCGAAGGUCUUCUUGCAGGAGUUUGUGGAUGCCCGACGGAGAGCCAUCCAGAAUGCGCCGCAGGUCCUAUUCCGGAGCGAUCCGCCGUUGGAGCUGCAGGGGCUGAGAGGAGUUGGGAAGACGGGCGAGAAGGGUGAAAUGGGCUUCAUUACAUUCGUGUUGUUCCCCCGACACCUCACCCGUCAGCGACGGGACGAGGUCAUCUCCCACAUCCAGACCUUCCGCGACUACUUCCACUACCACAUCAAAGCCUCCAAGGCGUACAUCCACUCGAGAAUGAGACGUCGGACGGCAGAUUUCCUGCAGGUGCUCAAUCGUGCGAGACCGGAGACGGAAGAACGCGAGAGGAAGACAGCAAGUGGGCGGACGUUCAGAGUGCAAGGCUAA